CGGCAGCUGCUGGACGGGUUGCGGCUCCGCGAGAGGCCCCGGAUCGCCCACCCGGUGCCGCGCGUGGCCGUGGCUCGGGCGCUGCGGCGGUUGCAGGCGGACGGGCCCCGACGGGGUGACCCCCCCGAGGACGAGAGGCGCUUUGAGAUCAUCAGCUUCGCGGAGGAAGAGCCCACGUCCUCCCCGGGCACGGUGCUGCGCUUCCACCUCUCCCCCCCCCCGGACCAGGAGGUGCGCGUGGUGCAGGUGCAGCUGUGGCUCUACGUCCGGGUUCCUCGCGGCGCGGUGACCAACCUCACCCUCAGCGUCUCCCUCGUGGAGGGGAGCGGCGACGCCGGUGCCGUCGGGGGGGGGCACCGCGCUCUGCUGAGCGCACGGCGGGUGAACGCGCGGGGCAGCGGCUGGAGGAGCUUCUCCCUCCUCCCCGCCUUGCGCGGCUCCUUCGGGGCGGAGCGCAGAACGCUCCGGCUGCACCUGCGGGGCUACGGGGACGGAGGCGGCGUCGUCGCGGCCACCAACGCCACCCGGCCCCGUCGGCCCUUCCUGGUGGCCUCCGCGUCGCUGCGGGACCCGGAGCACCGCGUGGCCAAACGCAGCCUCCGCUGCAACCGCGACUCGGCUCUGUGCUGCCGCCGGGAUCACUACGUGGAUUUCCGCGCCAUCGGUUGGAACGAUUGGAUCAUCAGCCCCGAGGGCUACCAGCUCAACUACUGCGUGGGGCAGUGCCCCCUGCACGUGGCGGGCAGCCCCGGCAUGGCCUCGUCCUUCCACAGCGCCGUGCUCAGCCUGGUGAAGGCCAACAACGUGCGCACGGCCGCCCACUCCUGCUGCGUCCCCACGCGCCGCCGCCCGCUCUCGCUCCUCUACUUCGACCGCAACAGCAACAUCGUCAAAACCGACAUCCCCGACAUGAUCGUGGACGCCUGCGGCUGCAGCUGACCCAGGAGGUUCCGGGGAACCCCCCAC